AAAACACCAUUUUUUUUACAGCUUUUACAAAUACGUGAUACCCAGAAAGUUAAUUCAAUGUUUUAAAAUGAUUUUGUUUCAACUUAAACGCCGAAAUGGAGUAAUUUAUUAUAACUUCACUUCCGGUAUCCGCUGAUGAAGCCACACCCACUUUUGUUUGCAGUGCGGCGGGAAACGUGGGGUUCUGUUUUAGGGUUCAGUUUGAAGGAAAAUGAUUUUAAGUGCAAAAAUCUUUUAGAAACAUUUACAUUUUACACGAUGAGCAAAUUAACAUCUGCUACGAGAAAUAAGACACGAGCAGGAAAGAAGCUCUGCAGGACGGGAGGAAAACCAGAAGAGCUGCCUGAGUCGUUGUAUCACCGCUUCCAUGAUGCAGCAGAGCUUCAGCUGUUCCGCACUCACCUGCUAUCCUGGUACGAUCAGACGAAGAGAGAUCUGCCCUGGCGUAGGCUGGCCAUGACUGAGAAGGAUGAUAACGUCACGACGUACGGAGUUUGGGUGUCGGAGGUCAUGCUCCAGCAGACUCAGGUUGCCACGGUGAUUAAUUACUACAACCGCUGGAUGAAGAAGUGGCCGACAGUUCAACACCUCGCAGCAGCUUCUUUAGAGGAGGUGAAUCAGAUGUGGUCGGGACUCGGAUAUUACUCACGAGGACGGAGACUUCAUGAAGGAGCUCAGAAGGUAGUGCGUGAUUUUGGUGGCGAGAUGCCAAAAAGUGCUGAAAAUCUUUUGAAACAGCUUCCCGGAGUCGGGCGAUACACAGCAGGAGCUGUGAGCUCCAUCGCACAGGGGCAGGUGACAGGUGUGGUAGACGGAAAUGUGACACGUGUGCUGUGUCGUGUUCGUGCGAUCGGAGCGGACAGCAGCAGUGCUCAUGUAACUGAUGCACUCUGGAAGUUAGCUGACAUGCUGGUGGAUCCAGAGCGACCUGGAGAUUUUAACCAGGCUCUCAUGGAGCUUGGAGCCACAGUAUGUUUGCCGAAAAAUCCUCAGUGCGCUCAGUGUCCUGUUCACACACACUGCCACGCCUACAACAAGGUUCGAAUGGAACAAGACAGAAGAUCGGAAAGACUUCUGAGUAAAUGUGACUCGACGUUGAGCAGCUCCAUCCCUGAUAUAGAGAACUGCAUAAGCCCCCUAGGCUGUAAUCUGUGUCUGUCAGAGGACUGGGACAGUGAACUCGGGGUACAGAAUUUUCCCCGUAAGCCGGUGAAGAAGGCGCCUCGUGUGGAGCAGACGUUAGUCUGUGUGCUUCAGCGGCAGAGUGACACCGACGGCGAGACUCAGUACCUGCUUACACAGAGGCCCAGUAAAGGGCUGCUGGCAGGAAUGUGGGAGUUACCCAGCAUGCUCCUGGAAAACGGUGUGCCCGAGAAGAAGCACAGAGCCCUGCUAAAUGCUGAGGUGCAAAGGAUUGUGGGAACUGUGGCAGAGUCCUUACAGUAUGUGGGAAAAGUGGUCCACAUCUUCUCACACAUUCACCAAACGUAUAUAGUUUACAGUGCAAGUGUGUGUGAGUGUGUAGAGGUUCAGAGAGACCAAAAGAUCUGCUGGCUCGAACAUUCAGCUCUGCAGGAGGCUGCUGUGUCUACCGGGGUUAAAAAGAUAAUGAAGCUUUAUGACGAGUCCACAAGCAAACUGCAUGACACAAAGAAUAAGAAACGAAAGCAAAUUCCUCAAGCUGAAAAAGACAAGAAGGUCAAACGAUCAGGAAGUGCAGAUAACGGCGGCCCCAAGCAGCUCUCACUUACACGGUUCUUCACCACCUCAAAACCGACCAGCAUCUGAAGAUUACAGUCCGACACCAUUUGAUUCUGAUCUCAUCAAUACGACUUAAGUUGGAUCUUCAGGUCUGACUCAUGAUUCGGGUCAGAUCUCACAAUCUUGCACAUCAAAUUUCUGAAUCCGACUCAGUUCUGAUCUCUGUAGCUGGCUUAUGUUUCAUUUAAGAUCUCACUAUCCAACUCAUGAUUUGAUUCAUUUAUAUUCAAUUCAAUUGCAAUCCAAUAGAUUCGAUCUCUUGGUUUUGGAUCUUGUGAUAUGACUCAGGAUUUGAUUCACAUUCUGAUUUCCAGGAGACAAUUUGAAGUUGAUUAUUAUGCAUUUUGAUUCUUGAUGUAUUCAGUCCACAGUACAUUAUGCAUAUUUCCCUGAACUGAGAGCCUUAAAACAUAACAUUUUACAUUUAUUUGAAUGAAUUUCUUUUCUCGUUACCAUAUUUUAUGUAAUCUGUCAUUGUAUUUUCUAAAUAAACACUGACCAAAAACA